AUGGCCCGGCCUAUUGUCUUCUUCGACAUCGCAGUCAAUGGCACCCCCCAGGGUCGCAUCGAAUUUGAGCUAUUCUCGGACGUCACACCUAGAACCGCAGAGAACUUUCGCGCCCUUUGCACCGGUGAAAAGGGAUUCGGGUACAAGGGAAGCUCUUUCCACCGUGUAAUCCCGCAGUUCAUGCUGCAGGGUGGUGACUUCACCCGUGGAGAUGGCACCGGCGGUCGAUCCAUUUACGGCGAAACCUUCCCCGACGAGAAUUUCCAGUUGAAGCACGACAGACCCGGUCUCCUCUCUAUGGCCAAUGCUGGCCCGGGCACAAAUGGCUCUCAAUUCUUCAUCACCACAGUUGUCACAGAUUGGUUGGAUGGAGCCCACGUCGUCUUUGGCCAAGUUACUAAAGGCUUCGAACUGGUUAAAUUGAUCGAAUCCUUCGGAACUCCCCAGGGUACACCCCGUGCCAGAGUCCAGAUUACCGAGUCUGGUCAGCUUCAAUAA